ACUACACCAUAAGUGGUUUCUUCCAACCGACGCCCAAUCGCCCUGUCAAUCAAAUCCCAGGCUCAGACGACCAGACUCCAGGCCCAUGGGACAUUUUCCACACAGCUGUGCUUUCCAAAUACGUAGACAGACUCUACUGACAACAAGAUGAGUGAACAUUCCACGUCCAACUCUCCUGCCCCCCUCCCCACACCUCAGAGGUCUACUUCAAUAUCCCCUGCAAACUCCACCUGUUCCACCAGCAACGUGACUAAAGCCCCGCUCUACGGAACCGUUAUCCCAAACAGAGUAUUCGUGGGCGGGAUAGCGUAUAACUGUUCAGAGCAGGAGUUGCGGGAUUUUUUCAGCCAGUUUGGUGCCGUGAGGGACACGAAGAUCAUCGCUGAUAGAGCGGGAGUCAGCAAGGGCUAUGGUUUUGUGACCUUCGACAGCCAGGAGGCAGCUGACAAGGCACAGCAGAACGACAACCUGAUGUUUAAAGACAAAAGGUUGAAUGUAGGCCCGGCCAUCAGAAAGCAGUCUCCUUCCCUUCCAUCACCUUUCCGUCCAGAGUCUUCCUGUUCGCCCUACUUGGCGGAUAUUGGUCCCAGUACUUCGUUUGUUAACAACUGGAGUCUGCCGUAUGGGUACAUGUGCCCAGAUAGCUACCUGCCUCAACAGACAAUAGUCGGUCCCUCAGUGCCUCCAUCGCUGAGCCCCGCCCCGAUCAUGCUGCCGGCUGGACCACCGACCCACCAACCCUGCAACAUGUACAUGCCACAGGGCCCACCACAACAGUCCUACUACCCCAACACUGCUGCAGGACAGCAGUACAGUACAUCUGGCAGGGAGUGGGCUCCUCAGUCUCCACCAGCAGCCAUGCAGGCACCCCAGCCCAUGACUUUUGAUGGCUACGGUCCUGUGUACCAGGAGAUGGUACCUGUGGAGAUGAAUCCAUAG